AUGGGGGGUGAGGGAGAGGAAAGAGCAGGAGGGGAAAGAACAGGAAAGAAAGGAGAAAGAAAGGAGAAAGAAAGGAAAGAGCAGGAGAGGAAGGAACAGGAAAGAAAGGAGAAGGAGCAACAGCUGGAGAAGAAGGAACAGGAAAAGAAGAAGAAGGAACAGGAAAAGAAGGAGAAGAAAGAACUACCAAAGAAGGAACAGGAAAAGAAGAAGGAGAAGGAAAGGAAAGAGCAGGAUAGGAAGGAACAGGAAAGAAAGGAGAAGGAGAAACAGCUGGAGAAGAAGGAACAGGAAAAGAAGGAGAAGGAAGAACUACCAAAGAAGGAACAGGAAAAGAAGAAGGAGAAAGAGAAGAACCAGGACAGGAAGGAGAUAGAGAGAAAGGAGCUGGAAAGAAAGGAAGUAGAGAGGAAGGACUUGGAGAGAAAGAAGAAAGAAGAAAGACACAAGAAGAAAGAAGCUGAGAUGAUGAUUGAACUGUUUGGACUUGACAGCGAGAGCGAGAGCGAGUAUGAAUCGCCGAAAAAAAAAAAACCAUACUUGGAACUCCUGAGAGAAGAUAGCUCAGACACAGACGACAUAGUGCUUCAGAUUCAGAAGGCCCCUAAAGGUGUCCUUCGUGUAGUGAACAAAGUAACAAUCCACACAAGUUUCUACGUGCCAACACUAACUGGAUACAGCCUCAAGAGGAGGUUGGUUGAGACUAGGUACCCAGAAAAACCUCCAAGCGUUGUUGAAGAAUAA